AUGGAAAACAUAUCGGUAUUAACAAAUAAUAAUAUGAGUGUAAAAAAUUUGAACCCAUAUAACAAUGAUGAAGAAAAACAGAAUAGCGAUGUAUUAAAUCAAGAGAAGAAUUCUACAAAUGAUUUAUUUUCUUCUUUUUAUGAGAAAUUCAAUCAUAUAUUUUCAUUCAUAGAAGAUACUAAACAAAAUAAUAAUUAUUUAGAAGAUGAAGUUGAUGAAAAUUUAAUAAAAACAUUACAUAAUUUAUGUGAGCUUUUCUUAAAUUAUAUGAAAAAUAUAAAUGCUUUUGCUAAUUUUAAAAUAAGUCAACAAGACCAAGAACUUAUAAUUCAUUCAUAUGAAAACUUUGUACGACAAUGUAAAGAAUAUAAUGACAAACCUAAAGUGAAACAGCUAGAAAAUGAAAUCUCCAACUUGCUGGAUUUGUUAUUCAAUAAUACUUCAGAAGCGGUUAAUACCCUUUUUUCGGCGGACUCCUUUUUUAUGGACCAUGUGGAAAACUUAAAAUUGAAAAUGAGUGAAAAAAAUCAAAAAAUCCAAUUUGAAAAUGAGCGACUAAAAAAAUUGGAACUCGAAAAACAGGUUGAACAGUUUGAUGAAUCUUUU